CGACAAUUACCAGUUAAUGGGGCUAUGUACAUUUUGGGCCAAAAGUAAGCAACAAAUGUCAUUAAUGAGUUGUAAUCAAAACAUUGGUUACUAUAAAUGACUUCGGGAUAAUGGGGCGGCAGUUUGGCAGCCCCCAUGGAGCCAUUUAGGUUGACUUUGGAACAGGUGACCUUUGAGGAGAAUGACCCAGCACAGCACCAGCACCUGUAUGUAGAUUCCUUCGACGCCGUUGUCAACUACGAUUCAUCUUUCCAGGAUUCAGACUGUCGGGAUUCCUCUGGAAGCUCACAAUCUGAUCUCCGUGGCUGUUACUCCAAUUCCCAGUACACCAGUCCAGUGUACACACAAUCCACAGUUACUCUCAGCAGCUCAAUAUCGAGUGUUCAACAUUCUAGAAACUCCAUUCAGGGUAUAGCUUUUGUGGAAAAGAACUUGGACUGUGACCAGUUCCUUGUCAACCCAAACAACGACUGUCUGAGUAGUUCUGAGACAGCAGCAGCGUGUCGGACUGAAUCUCGAGAUGUAGCCUUUCUCAACCAGAUAUCGGCCAACACAAGUGCUGUAUCAAGACAUAUUAAACCUCAGAAGAAGCUGAGAUUUGUCGGCAGAACAACAGUGAUGUCAUCAGCUGCAGCGGCUGUCACUACGGCCAAGGUGAUGUCAUCCGAGGACAGCCAAUCGGAGGCCAGUCUGGCAGCCGAUAAGGAAGGAGAUGGCAGCAACACGUUUGAAACGGUGGCCGAGGCUCUGCGAUUGCAGUGGUCAGUUAUAGGAAACAAAGACAUUGCCCCAGCUCCACCCGACGUUGUAGCACAGAUAGUAGCCGAAGCGGAGAAGAAGAUGAAAUUGUCAGGUUUAGCCAAUUCUGAUAACUCGGUCAGUGGAUUACAGACAGAGAGUCAGGAGAGGUUUGCAGAUGAAGAUAAAGAAAUAAAAGUCUUUACUUCCCCUUCUGAAAAGCUGCAAGUAGAUCAUAAUUCAGUAGUGAGUGAGAAGUCUGCCAGUGUUCAUGCAUCAUUAGACAACAAUCAUCAUCCCCCACAUGACAGGGGGGACAUGUUGCCACGAAAACCAGAGCUGAUUCCAAUACCAGCAGCCCAGCUUACUACAAUGAAAGAAAAGGCUUCUUGGUUUUCCUCUAAAGAUGCCAAAGGUUUGCAGUUGAAAUCAGAGUCUGACAAAACUUCAAAACCAAAACACCACAAGAAAGGAAAUGUUAACAGUCUGUCGAAUAACUCUUCUGAUCUCUCAGGUUUUCAGAAGACUGGUAACGGUCAACAAGAUGUAACAGGUUCCAGUGUUUCCAGUGACCAUGUCAACAGCUCUGAUGUGCUGUCUGAGAAGUCUCUUGACAUGAAUUCAUUUGGUUUUGAAGACACUCCAUAUGUGAAGGAUCCAUCUUUUACACCUGCACAUCAAUCAGCAGCAGAUAAUCUACACACGGAUUCUGGGGUCGAUCUGAAUCUGAGCAUAAACCAUCCUGUGAAAAGUUCCACACCCUUUAGCACAAAAUCAAGAACACCAACUUAUGUUCUUCCAGAUAUUGAGCCAUUGUUUCCAAAGAUUCCAGGACAACACAGACCACUGGACCAAAGUAAACCGCCAAAUGUCUUUGACCUGUCAUCUAGCAGUGACAUCCAGAAGAAGCUGAAUACUGUGAUGAAGGAGAAAGCGAAGCUGGAAGGCCAGCUGGAAGUUCUCACCAAUGAGGCUCAGUCCACGUUACAGGAACGAGCUGAUCUUCAGGCUCAGCUAGCUUCGCUAAGACUCAAGAUCCUGUCUCGAAAAAGUGGAGAGGGUGACCCCGAAAAAAAUGCUAUGAAGCAGGAAGUGGAGCAUGUUAAGAAAUCCCGCGAUUUGCUGGAGCAGUCGCUUCAGGGAACCCAGCAGCUGUUGGAGGAGAAGAUUGAGGAACUUAAGAUACUUAGUGAUGAGCUGCAGAUGUCACAGGAAUCCACAGACAAACUGCAGCUGAAGAUGAAGGAUGUCCAUGAUAAUCUGAAAUCCAAGGAAAUAACGAUCCAGGCUUUGAAGAACAAAGUGGCCGAGUUGUACAUUGAGGUCCAGACCGUGCUGCAGAACAAGAUGGACUCUGAGGCAGAGAUCCGAGCUGUGAAGAGCGACAUUGCGUCCUUGAUGAACAGUAAGGACUGGUACCAACAGCAGCUCCAGCUGGCACAUGAGGUACGAUCUCAACUGCAGAGAGAGCUCACCAUGCUUCAGGCUCAGACUGUUUCCCAGACAACCAUCGUUGAACGGCUGAAGAUGGAGAACGGGCGGCUGCGACAGCAGCUGAAUGAAUCCCAUCAGAAGGCUUUGAAACAGAAAGAGGUCUUAGCAAAGCAUUUGGAGGCCAUUGAGAGUGAUAUGAUGGAAAGGGAAGCCUCCUAUCUAGAAAUCCAGAGAGAGAGGUCCAUGAUUGAAGAAACCUUUAAUACUAAACUUCAGCUGGCAGAAGAUGAAAAGUCACGUCUGUCACUCCUAAUGCAAAUCAACAAUGACCUUGAAACCCAGCUGGACAAAACCCAGGAAAACCUGAAGAAGAAGCACACACAGAUUUAUUCACUUGAAAAUGAACAAAUGGAAUUGAUGAAGAAGUUGACAUUAUAUGAGGAGAAUAUUCUAGAAAAAGACAAAGUCACAGAGGAGCUUAAUCAAAAACUCAUUGAGGUUGAGAAUCAGUUGCGUGCCUUCCAGUCGAGCAUCAGCUCCAAGGACAUGGAAGUGUUAAAGCUGAAAGAGGAGAAGGCAGCUACAGAGAUUGCUCUCAAGUCUGCACUUCAGGAGAAGGCUGCAGUGGACAGCGCACUCGAUCUGUUGAAGGGAGAUCUGAGCAAGGUGGAGAAGAGUUUCAAACAGAUGAAACAGGAACUUGGUGUCAAAGAUGUGGAGCUGGAAAGACUGUCAGUGAACAAGAAAGAACUUUCAACAGAGCUGGGAAGAUUAAGAAAAGAUCUGAGCAUUAAAAACAAGAGCUACGACACAAUGCAGCGUGACUUCGAUGGAAAGUCCUUAGCUGUGCAGCAGAUGCAGAUGCAGAAAGCUGCUCUGGAAAAUGAAGUCAGCACUUUGAAGGAAAAACUUGAAACGGUUCAGAAAUCUCUACAGAUUGCACAUGAGGAGACCACAAAGGUUUCAGCUGAACUGGAUGAAGUGAGAGAACAUUUUACAGAGUCCAGUGCUGUGGUUUCUGAAAAUCAAAAACUUCAAUCGAUGCAACUGCAGCAGUCUUCUGCUAUUAUGUCUGAUAAUUAUCAACAGUUAUUGGCUGAAAACGAGGCUUUAAGAGGAAAACUAUCUCAUACUGAAACACAACAUGAAAGAUUAGAUGCUGAGAAUGUUGAAAAGAUUGUCCAACUUCAGAAUGAUCUCUCACUUGUGAAGAAUGAUUUGAGUGAGAAACAAAGACAAUUUGAUGCUGACAUGGAGUCUCUGAAAUCCCAGCUCAACGAAGUUGUCGUGGAGAAGCAGAAACUGGAGACAGAGCUCGAGAUGACUCACAGGAAGUUCGAACUGAGCACAGGUCAACAUCAAGGUCAAAUGGAACAAGAACUACAGACACUUGCUUCAGAACUACAAGCAACACGUCUCCGAGAACACGAACUUGUGAACCACCUACACCUCCUUCAGCAGAGCAAGGAUGCUGAGAUCAGUGACCUCAGACAGGAGUUGUCUGCUCUUGAGAGCGAGCUGAUGGAGUUAAAGACACGGCAGGCUGAGUCCGAGAGGAAGGAGGCGUUACACAUUGAGCUGGAACUAGAGCUGGAGAAAGAACGGGGACGGCUUGCAGGUUUAGUUCAGAACAACUCGGCGUUGAAGCAUCACGUGGGACAGGUGGAGGAGGCGCUGGCGAGGCGUGAGUCAUCCCUUGUGGAGCUGCAUACCCGCCUGCAGGAGACGGUAUCCAGCGCCGAGCAGAGGGAACAGGACUACAUCGCUCGCAUCCAGGGCAUCGAGGAGACGCUGCACAGGGAGAAGGCCAGUCAGCGUGACCUCAGGAAACAGAUUGGCACAAAGAUAACGGAGAACAAACGCCUGCGGAAGCAGACGGACACAAUCCGUCAGGAGCAGGAGCAGCUGAAGGUCGACCUGCAGGUGAAGGAGCAGGAGGUGACCCAGUUACAGACCGAUAUCGAACACAGCCGCCAGGUGGCGCUGUCAUGUCAGGGGGAGGUGGCCAACCUGGAGGCUCGUAGUCACUCACUAGAACACGAGCUGGAGCGAGUCAAACAGGAGCUGGCAGAUAACCUGGCUCGAAAUCCUGUUCUCAUGGAGCAGAUACAGUCGCUGCAGUGGCAGUUGGCCCAAAAGAUGAAGGAUGUUGAACAGGUCCAGGAGCAGAUGAGACUGGCAGAACAGCGGCAAACAUCCGAGCUGGAAAUUAUGAAGAAAACUCUACAGGAUAAACAGGAUGAAGUGGACGCCCUCCAGUCUGAGCUGGCCUCUUCUCGCCAGGAGAAGAUAAACCAGCGCUCUCGUGUCACAGAACUACGCAGUGCCCUCAAGUCCACCGUCAGUCACCACAAACUGACGAAGAAGCUUCAGUCGCGGAAGAAGGAUGUGAAGUGUGUGAAUGGGGAAGACAAGGAGACUCAGGUGGACCUGGACGACAUGAUCACGAUACCCCCACUACCUCUCGACCUGGAGGCCGUGGAAAAACUGCUGGAGGACACUGCAGUCAGGACCCUAGAUAGCAGGCCCCUGGACAACCUGCAGACAUGUUUGAGCUCCCUGCGUGCUGAGAUCAGUGGGCUACAGAAACAGAUGGACGUCCACACCACGGUCGUGCACACCUCAACUGAGAACUGGAGAUCUAUUGAAUCAGAAGUAAAUGCACUGAGGGAAGUUGUGAAGACAAUCGCAAACACAGCAUUGAUGGACACAGCAACUACAGCAACGGCGACAGACUGCGUGGAGGCCGACAGUGAUCUCAUGCAUGUGUAAACGUUGACAGUCUUGUUACACACAUCUGGCUAACAUACUCCCAAGUCUUCUCCACACUUUUCAAAUCUCUUAUUUUGUCUGGUGUGUCUGUCCACCAAGAAACUGUUACCAGUCAGUGAUAUCGCAUUACCAAUCAGUGAUAUAUCAUUACCAAUCAGUGAUAUCUCAUUACCAAUCAGUGAUAUCUCUUUAGCAAUCAGUGAUAUCUCAUUACCAACCAGUGAUAUCUCGUUACUAACCAGUGAUAUCUCAUUACUAACCAGUGAUAUCUCGUUAGUAACCAGUGAUAUAUCAUUCCUAACCAGUGAUAUCCCAUUAGUAACCAGUGAUAUCUUGUUACCAACCAGUGAUAUCUUGUUAGUAACCAGUGAUAUCUUGUUACUAACCAGUGAUAUCUCGUUAGUAACCAGUGAUAUCUUGUUACUAACCAGUGAUAUCUUGUUUCUAACUAGUGAUAUCUCGUUAGUAACCAGUGAUACCUUGUUACUAACCAGUAAUAUCUUUAUGUGUAACUCUCAGAAGCAACCAUUUAUAAUCAUAUUUUAAUCAAAUUUCACAUACCAGUUUUAUUUCUCAAAGAAUUUUUUUUUUUUUUAAAUCUGUUAAAUUGUGACAACAAUUGUUGUUGUUUAUUUUCAUUUCUGUGUUGUUGGUUGUUUUAUUUGUAUGUCAACUUCAUUUUAUAUGAUGACAUAAAUCAUAUCAAACUCUUAUAGUCUGGGUACGUUAUGUGGUUUAUCUUAGUGUCGUAUUUAGUUGUGUUGCGUUAUCUCUCUAAGGUCACAUGACAGCAUGAUAGUUGCUCCUGUUGUAACGUGCAUGUUUUAUUUGUUAUUUACAAUGCAUAUUAUAGACUAGUUGAUUCACAGUCUGUUAUAAAAUACACUUUAGUUGACUCACUAAGACUUAUAAAAUAGACUUGUUGACUCACUAAGGCUGUAAUAAAGUAAACUUAUGUUGACUCACUAAGACUGUAAUAAAAUAAACUUAUGUUGACUCACUAAGACUGCUAUAAAAUAGACUUAUGUUGACUCACUAAGACUGCUAUAAAAUAGACUUAUGUUGACUUAUUAAUUAUACUUGACUAACAAAUUUACAAUGCAAAUCAAAAACAAAGAGAGAAGAAAAAAAUCUACAGGUUAUUACACUGUUGCGAUAUCAUUUCAUAGGUGCAAACUUAAGACUGGUUACUAGUUUGGUGGAGGUUGAUCAUAGAACUGGACAUUGUGCCUGUCAGUUAAUCUGCAUUAGAUUUUACAAUGACUUUGGUGUGCUUGUUAAAUGUGUGCUUCUUGUAAAACUGCUUUAUGCCCGUAGUUUAGAACUUAAACAUACAGGUAUGCAGUACUCUAAACUCAGGUUUUCCACCCUCUUGGUUUUUGUACCAUCAGAAAUGUAUGCUUGCAUAUAGUAUUCAGCAGUUAAGGCAGUACAUGAAAUAGCUGGAAAGUAUUGUAAAUAUUCCAUGCUGGGUUACAACCUCAUUUUAAAAAAACUAAAGACACCUCUUUUCAUGGAAAGGUAUUGUUCCUUUUUAGCACUUUCUAGGUUAUUUUGUUCCCAGUGGCCUGUAUGGCUUGUGAAUCAGCUAAGUGUAUUUUUCAUUAUCCAUUAUGUGUGUCCUGCAGCAGUUAGAAACUUCAAAUCUAACCAUUAGGUUAAGCUGCUUCCUGCUUAUUAUGAUGUCUUUAAAAUCACACCACACUUAUUUAGUUUCAUUUUAUGCAAAGUGCAAUCAUCAUACAGCUGAAUACAGAAUCAAUAAACCCAGCGAUGCUUCAUACAUCUACUGGCCACAAAUAAACUCAUUAAGCUAGCUGGUUUCAAAGCUGGGAGGUGUUAGUAUCUAACACAGAGAAUGUACAGGCAUUGAAAUAAGCAAUGUGUCUGGUAACCCGUGUACAGGAUACCACAAAAUACAGACAUGAUAACCUAUACAUGAUCAUUUAUAGGUUACGGCACAUUUAUAUUUCCAUUAUUACUAUAAAAUCCAUUGACAGAGCCACUAAUACUUUGUUAUUCCUUCAUCCAAUUGUUCUCACCGAACUGAUACUGUAUCUAAGUAACACUCAGUUGAUUCAAAUUUAGGUGCUGUAGUUUUACUUUAACAUGAUUUUGUAGAGAAUGAAGUACCAUUUUCGACUUUCUUGACAUCCUGGUAACCAUGAACAACAGUUACUGACUUAUUUUGAUGCCUGUAUUACGACUACACUAACUCCUCUCACACUAACCUGGAAUGACCGUUAUCAACUUAUUUUGAUAUCUGUAUUAUGAUUACACUAACUCCUCUCACACUAACCUGGAAUGACAGUUAUCAACUUAUUUUGGUAUCUGUAUUACGACUACACUAAGUUCUCUCUCACUAACCAGACAAACAGUUAUUGACUUGUUUUGAUAUCUGUAUUACAGUUACACUAACUUCUCUCUCACUAACCAGACGAACAAUUAUUGACUUGUUUUGAUAUCUGUAUUACAGUUACACUAACUUCUCUCUCACUAACCAGACGAACAGUUAUUGACUUGUUUUGAUAUCUAUAUUAUGACUACACUAACUUCUCUCUCACUAACCAGACGAACAGUUAUUGACUUGUUUUGAUAUCUAUAUUACGACUACACUAACUUCUCUCUCACUAACCAUGAACGACGGGUAUUGACUUGUUUUGAUAUCUGUAUUACAGUUACACUAACUUCUCUCUCACUAACAUCGGUUCUGGACUGACAGCCUCUGUUGCUGAUAUGCCCAAAACAGCAUGCUUAAACCACAACUGAAUUCAAGCACAUAAUAUAAAUUAAACUUAACAUGGAACUUUUUAAAAUAUGAAAUAAUUUAUUAGUACUAAAUAUUCUGAAGCAUAUAAUAAUCUAAAACCUUUUUAUGAAAUGAAAUCAAUAUUCUAAUCUAUAAAAAAAAGUUAAUAACAAAUAGUGUCAUAUACAUAAGCUGAAUUGAUAAUAUAUCAAAACAUUAAUCUUCCAAAACACUUAUGGAUUUAAGCUUUAAGCAUUUAAAUAACUUUAUAUAAUGCUAACCUUUAAUGGAUUUAUGACCACUACUGGUAAGAAACAAAUUACUUCUAAGAAAUAAUUUCCCGCAAAUGAUGCUUUUUGUUUAAUUUUAUAACAGUCUGUAAUGUUUCUUUUUAUUCUCAUCUUGGUCAGAGUUGAACCUAGAAACUGUUCCUGUUCCUGGUUGUUAAUUCAUGGACUUACCUUUGCUUGACACCCACUAGCUAAUGUAUUCUUUGUGAUGGACUGUUUUGUCCAUGGCCAUUUUCAUCCACACAACAUUAUAAUAUCCUUUGGUCUCAUGACCAGUGAACAUCAUUCAACAAACGUUUACCGAUAUAUAUGUUGCUUUAUAGUUUGCUUUGUAGAUAAACUAAAAAUAUUAGCAUCUUAUCUAGUCAUCAUUGUUUAUAAGCAUUAGUUCAUGUGCAGGAUUCAGAGGUCUGUUAUUGCUGUCACCCAUAAAUCUUAACUGGACCGUAAUCAAAGCAUGUACACGGUCACAGAUGCAGGUCUGUUAUUGCUGUCAACCAUAAAUCUUAAUCGGUACCAUAAUCAAAGCAUGUACACGGUCACAGAUGCAGGUCAGAUAAAAAGGGAUAAUAUCAAAAGAUGAUUUCUUUGUAAAAGUUUUAAAUGUCUAUAUUUCAUACCCGUUUUCAUUUCUGAAAAGUCCCAACAUGUGCCUUAUAUUUCUUUCCAAGUAUUAAUUUUGUUUAUAUAAUGUAAGUGUAGAAACUGUAAAUCUUGAACAAGUUGCCCAUUACAUGCAUUUUUACUGAUAACUGAAAGUUUAAAGUAGUGUAUACAAAACAAAGUGAUUUUAUUAUCCAGUAUUAUUUUAAAAUUUCUGUAAUUAAUGCUUUUCAUUUUAACUCGCAAUGUGGUCCAUAAACAUGAUAUUGAAAUAUAUUUAAUUUUUUAUCUAUUCAAAUAUGUUAUUAGUACAUGUACUUUUAUCUUUGAUCUGGAGUUUUCAACAACAAAAAAAUCAUGUUUAUUUUUGUUUUGACCCCCUUCCCCCCAAAAAAAACCCCAAACAAAAACACUCCACCCCAACCCAAAACACCCAACCUUCAGUUAACUGAAAGGACAGUGUAGAUAUAAUAGACAGUACAUAUGUAUAUUUGCUAAUCAUUUAGUUUGCUAGAUACCACUGGGGCUGUGUAUACAGACUCUACGCCAUGAUGUUCUUGUUGGGCAGUCGACAAAUAAAGAGUACCUGGCUCCUUGACCAGUUUAGACAGUUUGCUUGGCAGUAACAUUUUGUCAGUCAACAAUUAUUUCAGUUUGUUAAUAUAUUCAAACUACAGGGGAAAAAAAUGUUUUUGUCAUUUUAGUAGUACAGAAAAAUCACUAUUUUUUUCACAUCAGGUCUUUGCACAUCUCUGCACUUCUGCUUAAUGCCAAACUGAUGUAUAGUUAGCAUGUUUUAAUUGGUAACAAGACAAGUAUUUUAUUGCUUUUAAUACACGUAGUAUUUACUCAAAUAUAUAACAUUUUCAGUUUAAAAUUUCUAUUGCAAAACAAAUGGCAUAAAAGCUUUAAAAUUCUGAAAUAUUGUCAGUUGUGUAGUGAUGUGAGUACUUUAGUGUGGGAUUCAGACAACUGUUCUGUGUACAUACAAUCGAGGGAUCUGGUAGCGUAGCCAGUGUGACUUGGCAAAGAUUAUUUAUUAUAUAUUUUAUUUUUACAUUUGUUAAUAUGAGGGAAUAAAAUGUUUAACAGUUAA